AUGCAUUUACUGUCUCUUCCACAAGCAGCUGGGACCGUACCGACCUCUAGACAGGUGGUAUCUGGUGCUGCUGUUUUCAUUAUUCUAAAGGAGGAUCAACCGACAGGUCGAGAAACACAGGGAGUUGUGCAGGAUGUUCUCACAUCAGGGGACCACCCUCGCGGCAUCAAAGUCAGAUUACGGAGCGGCCAGAUAGGUAGAGUGCAAAGACUUGAUGAUGGGUCUUCCGAGCCAUCGAGCGGGACGACGUGGGCUUCGAACGCCUCCAGUUCAAGAUUCAGCAGCCGGUAUACGGACAUCAGAAACGAUGACGAUUUUGGCUAUCUGCAGGGACCGCCAGAGAGAAGCUUAGCAGACUUUAUGCCAGACCUUGAACCGGCUGCAAACAGUACAUCUUCUGAUGAAGCUGGAGGAGUUCGAAUAGACGAGAGCUCGGUUAUUUGCCCGAUUUGCGAGGCGUUUGAAGGAGACGAAGCUGCGGUUACACACCAUAUUGAUCGGGAACACCUUGGAUAA